GAGUAUAAAUACUUUGGCUGUCAGUCAGUUCCGAUAUCUUCAAUCUGUUGCUUAUCCAGCAUCUCCUCUCUUUCUUCGCAUCCGUUUCUUGUCAACUUUCCUGUCAAGAUGUCGAUGAUGAAUUUCGCCGUUUGCUUCUUGGCUGCCGUUGCGGUGGUGGCUGGUAAUCCAGGAUACGGAUACAAACCCAUGGCUCCUGCAUACAAGCCACCUGCAUACACACCUCCUGCAUACACUCCUCCUGCGUACACACCUCCUGCGUACACUCCGCCAGCAUACAAGCCACCCGCUUACACUCCUCCUGCUUACACACCUCCUGCAUACACUCCUCCUGCGUACACUCCUCCUGCAUACACACCUCCUGCGUACACUCCUCCUGCAUACACACCUCCUGCGUACACUCCGCCAGCAUACAAGCCACCCGCUUACACUCCUCCUGCUUACACACCUCCUGCUUAUACUCCUCCUGCAUAUAAGGCUCCUUCGUACAUGGCUCCAGCUUAUUAAGUUACUGUUAAAAAUUGAAGUCUCCUAAAACGUUUUAUCGCCAUAUUAUGCUUCCUUUCGGCCGCUCCUUUAGAACAAAAUUUUAACAUUAAAUUCGAUUCAAAAUAAAUAAAUUAUUAAUUAACAAAUCUUGUUUU